AUGCGAGCAAACGAUGGGACUCCCCAUUUAAACUCGCCCCUCGACAUGAUUCAAGAGAUCUUAUAUACUCCACAGGCGACUCCUGAUCAAAAGGAAAUAGUUGAAGUCUUAGAAGUGAGUGAAAUUGAUCGAUUAAAGCAUGAGGUCCAAAAGCUUCGCAAAGAGAAGUGUGACUUAGAAGAUCUUUCACGGUCGAAUUUUAUGAAGGAAUUCCAUACUUUUUCCCUCCAAUUUCCGUUAUGUGGAGAACAGUUUGAAAGUGGUGUUGUCGACCCUUCAAAUGGUCAAUUGAAGUAUUCUGUACUCUUCCCGAAAAUCUUUAGUGCGGUCCCCAAUUUGUAUACAUACUUAGUCUCAACACACCCCACAUCUAUUCGUGUCCCUGACUCACAAAUUAAUAAAUCAUAUGACGGGUUCACUGUCCAUCUCAAAGAAGUCUGCGACAAAGGCGCGAUGAUCUUUUGGUUUGCGUAUAUGCCGCUCCAAGGGACUCGUAAAGAGUUUACUGAGAUGACACAACUGUUCCAAGGAAAUUCGGUGACAAUAGCACAGACGGAACAACCGAUGAUGGCUUAUGUCAGAAAAUAUGGUGCAAACGAUUGCGAUGAAAAUGGCAAAACACUUCUCCACUAUGUUGUCGAACAUGGAUUUGUAGAUAUGGCGAUGUGGUUACUUGAGAAAGGCGCUUAUCCAAAUGCCGGUGAUAAAUUCCGAUAUACGCCUUUACACGUUGCUUUAGGGAAACAGCAGUGUAACGUGAAGUUAGUGGAACUGUUAAUUGAAAAGGGCGGAGACGUGAAACUGAAAAAUGUCCAAUAUCGCACACCAUUGCACUACUUAUGUCGACAAAUGGAUAUCGGAAAGUUGUUGCCGAUAUUGCGCAAAGUCUUAUCGAGCGAUGCAAAUAACUUCGAAUUUUUGAAUGAAGUUUCUUCGAAGGGAGAUUCUGCACUGAACUGUUUGUGUAAUGCGUCACUUAAUAUUGAAGCCCUCGAGUUACUCUGUUCUCGGGGAGCUGAUGUGAAUACUCAAACAAUGAGUGGGGAUUACCCUCUCUAUUGUGCAGUUAAGCGGAACAAUUCUCAGGCAGUACGUGUGUUGUUACAAUACAACGCAAAGACCAAUUUAAAGUUCUAUGGGAAGACGAUCUUUGAAAUUGCUGAGGAACACAAAUUUACACGGGAACUCAACGAAAUACUCCAUUCGUGCUUUUUACAGCCGUUUUUGAGUCAACAACAAAUCGAAAAGAUGCAAAAAAGCUUUGUCACUGUCACAUACCCCGAAGAGAAGUGGCUCACUGCCGUGAACCCCGACAAAGUCGCGUUAGUUGACAUCGCGACAUUGCCUAUAGGGUAUCACCUUGAGAACUUCUACACAUGCUGUACAAGCACAAGUGAAGAGUUGAAGUGUUACAACACACACGACGCGUCGCUUGCGAUCAGAUAUUACGAGAAGCAUUUUGACCAGAAGAAGCAUGUCAACUACAUCAUAGCACUUCCGACAGGGAUUAAAGUGGUCUCGAUCACCGACGGGCUUCCAAAGAACACGACUUUCCUUGAUAAAGUGAAGAAGGAGCGGAAUGAAGUCGACGGCUGUGAGAAAGAGAAGAAACGGAAAGUGAUCAUCUGGUCGAAACGUGGGGACUUACGGCGGGAGUAUCCGAUCCUCACACCCGACAGUCAAAUUUUGAGUGAAGCUGGGUUUGUCGGGAAGACUCCGAGUCCGAUUCAAAGUCGGCAGAUAUAUUCCGCACUGUGUAAGUUUGAAGGGAGUGGGGUUCAUAAUGCGGUUAAAGUUGGAGUUUUGUAUGGAGCGAUGGGACAGAUCACAGAGAAUCAGUUUUAUAAUAACACUGAGGGAAGUCCUUUUUAUAUGCAAUUUUUGAAAUUGCUGGGAGAUGUAGUGAGUGUGAAAGGAUAUGUUGGAUACCUUGGAGGGUUGGAAAAUGGGAAUUACGGUGCAGAGACUUUAACAACGACAUUCUCAAAUAAUGAGAUUCAAGUAGCGUUCCAUGUAAGUACGCUGAUGAAUGUAAAUGGGAAAAGUGUUGGAGUACAAGACAAGAGAAAGUUGAUACAAAAUGAUAUUGUCGUUGUCAUAUUUAAAGAGUACAAUGGAAUACAAGAACCAAUUGAUAUCACGUCGUUCACAUCACCAACUAACCACGCUUUCCUCAUUGUUGGGUACGAUUUGGACCAACCAUAUUCUAAUACUCCAAAGUAUGAUAUUAACUUGUGCGUAAAGAAUGACGUCAUCCCUGUACCUCCUUUCAUUAUGAAGGAAAAGUAUAUCUUCGAAAGCGCUUUACACGACUUCAUUAUCGCUAAAAUUAUUAACGCAGAAAGAGCUUCUCUCAGAACAGACUGGUUCAGAGGAAAGAAACUCACUUACAGACAAACACAACUCGAAUCUAUUUGCUUGAACGCAAAAUGUUAA